UCGUAGAAAUCAGAAAAAGCCAACGCCAAAGGCCCAAACCAGAUUUUUUUAGUAUGAAUGGCUGACUGAUAAGAGAUAAUAACUCAGAGAGAGAGAGAGAGGGAGGGAGAGAGACGUGUGUUUGGUUUAUUUGCAUUGGAUCCUUCGCCGAAGUGGGCUUUGAGAGCUUCCACCUUCUCUCUCAUAAAAAACCAUGGAAAAAGCUAAAAUCCAAGGAUUAAGCGCAGAAAAAAUCACUGGGGAAAAAAGGGGCAAAAAGAUGGUGGUUUUGAUGAUUGUUUUUUUGGGGUGUACCCAUUAAUUUCUAUAUCAACCGUCUUUUUCUCGCAUAUGUUUCUCAGCCUCUUUGCUCUCCAGCUUUGGAGACUAGGUUCUUUAAUUGUUCUUGUUGGUUUCUUAUGUCUCAUGAGCUUACCAUCUUUGCUUAUUAUACUACUCCAAACUGAUCUCUAGCUUCUUUCUCUUGAUGCGCUACUAGCUCGGAAUUCGAAUCAGUUUCCUUCAUGGGUGUGUCCAAUUCUGGGGUGUUCCUCACUGAGAAAGAUCUGACUUCCAUCGGAUUCAAUUUUCUAGCAAAACCCACGUUGGAAUUUCAAGAUGAUGAUCAUGAGUGUGGGAACUGUGAAACUGCACGUUCAGGAGAAGGCAAGUUUGAUAAGAAACAAGAAGAAAAAGAAAGAGAAGAACAAGAAGAAGAGAAAUGCAAGGUGAAGGUAACUCCUAUGGACCUGAAAAUGUCAUCUCUAGCAGAAUUCAAGGUGGAAGAAGAUGAUGAUAACGAUGGGUUCAAGACUCCAACAUCUGUGGAUCACAAAAUCCCAUUGAUCCUCCCAUGCCCACCUGCACCAAAAAAACCAAAAUCCCUUCCAUCCACUAAACGGAGAGCGGCGGGGCCUAAUCGACGAGUCCUACUCGAUCUCUCAAACGAGAUUCAAUCACUGUUUCCUCCUGAUUUCGGUGGCAAAUCUAAGAGACUCAGGCAAGGUGGAAAAUGAUGUUGCUCUACAUCUUUUUCAUGCCAAGAAAGCAAAAUUAUGUUACUGAUAAGUAUCUAUGAAAAUUUUGUUUUCGUCCA